AUGGCGCCGGCUCUGCAUGCCUCUGCGGCCAUGCUCGCGCGAAGACAGCUCGCCGGAGCUCCGAGCACCACCAGCUCGCUGGUAGUCGUGGCCAGCCGGCUCAUGGCUGCGCAGCAACACCAGACGCGAGGAUACGCUACACCCGCGGGCCCGCCCCCCAAGAACUUCCGCACGAGCAGGCACACCGAGUGGCCGUGGGACAAGGAGAAGACGCUGGACCGGCUGGGCAAGUACUUCCUCUUGACCGAGAUGGCGAGAGGCAUGUACGUCUUGAUGGAACAGUUCUUCCGACCUCCCCCUACCCGUUUACACAUGGCGACGGUUUCAAUUGACACGAUGCAGGGACCCAUUUCCCCCCGAUUCCGUGGAGAGCAUGCCCUCAGACGGUAUCCUUCUGGCGAAGAGCGUUGUAUCGCCUGCAAGCUGUGCGAGGCUAUCUGCCCAGCCCAGGCCAUCACAAUUGAGGCUGAAGAGCGUGCCGAUGGAUCCCGCCGAACAACCCGCUACGACAUUGACAUGACCAAAUGCAUCUACUGCGGUUUCUGCCAGGAAUCGUGCCCCGUUGACGCUAUUGUGGAGAGCCCCAACGCCGAGUAUGCCACCGAAACGAGAGAAGAGUUGCUGUACAACAAGGGUAGGUUGAACCACUCAGCACAUGCAUCCCGUGUAGCUAGUUUGCUGAUCCUUUUUGCUGCAGAGAAGCUUUUGUCCAACGGAGACAAGUGGGAGCCUGAGCUGGCGGCUGCCAUUCGCGCGGAUGCGCCCUACCGAUAA